CCUCACUUUCAGUUACAGAGGUGAACCAACUUUGAAGACCAUUGUCCUUCCGUGUUGUUCAAAGCUGUAGACCUGCGGUAUGAGCCACUGAUGGUUAAGUGAAUUGUAAAUGCCAAUGGUCAGAACAUUGAUUUUGUGCUGAUGAAUCAGACAAUUUAACAGGCCUUCAAGGCUUCACAAAAUAUUCUGACUUGUACUGACUACUGUACUGUACAUGUAACUGUAGCUCCAUACUGUAACUUAGAUCUGCAAAAGACUGGCGAUAGGCUUACUCUGUGAACAUGGAAAUCAUAGUUUUGAAAGUGAUUGUACUGUGUUCAUUAUUUAUCUCAUGCCUCGUUGCAAGUUUGUUACCCCUGAAGUUUGUCAACGUUGCCAUUAAGCGUGGGGCUGGUGCCAACCGCAGACAUUUCGUCGAGCGAGUGCUGCGAUUUCUGAACUGUUUCGGCGGAGGGGUGUUUCUCGCGACGUGUCUUCUGGAUCUGCUGCCCGAUGUGGAGCGCCAGCUCAGCGACGUGUUCGCGCUGCUCGACGUCCGGACGGACUUCCCCAUUGCGGAGUUCAUAACCGCCGUGGGAUUGUUCCUGAUUCUCAGCGUGGAGCAGAUCGCGUACGACUGCAAGGAAAGAGCAAGCAGGGGGAAAGACGAGGGUGCGGUGGUGAGAGUCGAGGAAAACAACAAAGAGAAAUCCGGGGAUAAUGCGAGUCAGCUGAUACAAGAUGACAGCGAGACCAGCCCUCUUUUGAAUCAUGGUGCUCCGAGGCAGAGUAGCCCAUCUCACCAUAGGCCCACCACUGAUACUGAUAGUGACAGUGAAGGAAGUAUCAAUCAUCCAAGCCGCAACCUUGGGCACAGCCACGGUACCCAAAUUGACGGCACGGACGCGUUAAUCCAACACACCGACAACCACGACAUGGUUACCAGUUCCGCGUUUCGCUCCUUACUCCUCCUCCUCGCGCUCUCCCUGCACUCCGUCUUUGAAGGUCUCGCGCUGGGCCUGCAGAACGACGUCGCUCAACUUCUCGGCAUCUUCACCGCGGUCCUCAUCCACAAGACCAUCUUGGCGUUGAGUCUGGGCAUCAAUUUUGUCCAGAGUAACCUCCGACCGCGCACCGUCAUCCAGUCCAGCAUCUGUUUCGCUAUCAUGGCUCCCAUCGGGAUCGGUAUAGGCAUCCUGGUGGAUCAGACAUACAGCAGCACAGCUCGUGACCUCAUUAGCGGCAUCUUACAAGGCUUAGCGACGGGGACCUUCUUGUACAUCACGUUCUUUGAAGUGCUUCCGAUGGAGAUGAGCCAACCGGGAGAUAGACUUCUCAAAGUCCUUUGCGCUAUCGUUGGAUUUAGUUUAAUAGUUGGUACAUUGUUCCUAGACCCUACUAUCACUCAGCCAACUACUCCCUAGUUUAAAAAAAGCUUUUCCAGAUGUGGCUAAUAUUUAGAGUGCUUCCAUGUCCUAAACAGACCUUUGUAGAAUUUGAGCGAUUGAUUCACAAUGCAGUGCGCAACUAAGACAAAGAGUUUGCCACGGAG